AUGGAGGAGAUUAUUAAACAUGUAGCUAGUAGCAUUCCAGUUCUAGAGAAUAGCAAGCAUAAAGGAAACAUGGGUCGCAUUGGGGUCCUUGGAGGUUCCAAAGAGUACUCCGGUGCACCCUAUUUUGCCGGCAUCACCGCGCUUUAUUGCGUAAGAUUUGAUGAAAUGAUGAUUCCUUUUAAGGGAGCUGAUCUUGUGCAUGUGUUUUCAGCAGCAUCUGCUGCUCAAUCGAUCAAAUGUUACAGUCCAGAGUUAAUUGUGCAUCCUACUCUGGAUAAUGAUGUGGAAAAGCCAACUAAGUGGUUAGAAAGGCUUCAUGGCCUUGUUAUCGGGCCCGGCCUUGGCAUGUCAGAAAACAUACCGAAUACGGUUGAGAUGAUGAAAGCCUGCAGAGCAGCGAAUAAACCGAUGGUCAUAGAUGCAGACGGAAUAUACAUUGUGGCAAAAUACACAGACGUCAUAUCUGACGAGGACCCAAGUGAUGAUAUAAACGAAACUGCUCGUCUGGCAAAGGCGUUGGGUCAUGUUACCAUUGUUCGUAAGGGCCAAAACGAUAUCAUCUCUGACGGCGACGCCCGUGAGUAUUCUUCUUCCAUCUCUUUGCAACAGCAUUUUGCGAUGCCGAAGGUUCUCCCCGACGCUGUGGAGGACAAGGUGAUCUUCUCUCCGGCGCUGCGGCUGUCUUCUCCUGUUGGCUAG